AUGAUUGGUCAGAUUGCUCCCAUCACUGGUAAAUUCCGCAAAGGCGUUAUUAGAGAUAUUAGCGUGUCAUUGGGUUUGGGUACUGCACUUGGCUACGCAUACUGGCACAUUUUCCACAUUCCAAAGGCAACCCGUCGUGACCAAUUCUACCUCAAAUUAGCCGCAGAGAAGGAGAAUUAA